AUGGCAUAUGAUAGAGCCAAAAGAUUUCCAAAAUUAAUUACACAGACUUCUGCAUUCGUUGGUCCUGGAACUUACGAUGAAUCAUAUAUAUCAAAACCACCACGUGAUUUAGACGGUCAAUAUCCAUUUUUAAGUGGCACGCGGAGACAAACUAUGAUUGCAUCGAAAGAUGCAAUUCUUUUUCCAGGACCUGGUUCAUACGAUCCAAUAGAGCCACAACGGCACAUUCCAGAACGUAGAAUCGGAGGUGUCAGCAUCGAUUACACUGAUGCUAGAUUUAAAGAGAAAAUUUACGAAGGACCAGGUCCAACGGAAUACGAUUUACCGGAUGAUCUAUUCAAAGAGAUACCGAAGAAGAUUAGAUCACAUCUUGGCACUUGGAAAGGACCACCUGGAAAACUGUGGUUAAUAAAACCACCACGUUCUAUCAUAACUUCUGGAAUAUCCGUACCUUCGAAACGUGACGUUUACGGUUACGAUAUUAAUGAGGAUGGAAUUCUUGUUAAAAUUUCACCAAUCGAAGAUGAACCAACUUUCAUAUAUGAAAUACCAAGAGGAGAUGAAAAUUUUACUACUCUCAAAUAUAAAGGAAACUUUUGGAGUAGAAUGACUGGAAGGGAAGAGAAAAGACCCUUCGUAACGCCAGGACCAGGGGACUACGAACACGAAACAAAAAAGACUCCUACGCAAAUUUACGAUGAAAAGUUUAGGGAAAAAAAGAGAGCUACGUCAAGACAACCACGAUACCUCGAAGCGAUGUUCCGACGAAAAUUACGAGAAGGAUUACCAGGACCAAAUCAUUAUGAUACACAUAAAAGUACCUUUGACAAGUAUCAAAAAAUCAAUUGUAAAUGCGACAAAUAUACCAUAGAACCUCCACCUUUCAAUCAAACUGCUGAGAGAUUCGAACUUAGAGAAUUUAUUGAUAUUCCUGGUCCAGGAACGUACGAGAGCAAAAAACCAAAAAGUUGUUUAACUCAAGUACGUCGAGCACCAUUUGGAAGUCUCGUUUCUCGUUUUAAAAAGGAUUCUGACAAUUCGGCUCCAGAACCUGGUAGAUAUCACGUAGUAGCAGGAAAUAUUUCUUAUGAAUCCGCAAAACGUUUCAAGUAUCAUUACGAAAGGUCGACACCUUACUUAUUUCUGAAAAAUAUUGUAUCUCCUUAUAAUGAAAAAGAAUUUAUUGAAGAAACACAAGAAAUAGAGCAUGAAGAACUUAAAAAAAGUUACGAGUAUCAUGCUGUUUUUAAAUCAAGGACAGAAAGAUUUCGUAAAGUUCUUAAAGGGAUCGAUGCGCCGGAUCCUGGAGCUUACGAAGCUUUAACCUCUUUUAAGGCUAAUCGUGAUCGAUGCGACUUCCUUUGCCGACGUUUGGCUCCACCCUUCCUUUCGAGGGCUCGCCGUGUUCUCGAGAUUACCAAAGGAAUCGAUAUGACAGUACCAGCUCCAACACAUUAUACCAUCCCGUAUGACAUAUCAAAAGGAAUCAAGGGAGGUGUGAUACCGUAUUCACGCCGUGAUAAGGAGAAGAAAAAGAAGGUACCUGGUCCCCAGGACUAUUAUAUAAAUCCUUAUAUCGAUUCCUCUGUGUUAAAGAAAUCUUUCAAUGUUACUUUGGGUAAAACUAAAUUCAUUGGAGAAAAGAAAAAAGUGAAAAAUCGAUUACACCCUUCGAAGAAAACUCUUAGGUGGUUCACCACACCUGUUGAGGAUUAUCGACAUUGUUCUGUAACGUGUUUGACAGUGUCGUGA